UGUGUUUGUGAACCACCCAUCAAUCCGCGAACAACAAUCACUACAAACAUUCCGAGCAUAACCCAGCGGAUCCGAGACAGUCCUGACCACUGAUCUCCCCAACCAUCAUCCAGUACACACAUCAGUAUUAUUUACACACACACAGUAUUCCAUUACCAUGGAUGGUGCCAAAAUAGAACGUGAUCCGGCCCCGAAAAUGCGACAUCACAUCAGCAGCCAGCAGAGCCAAAGCAGCAGCAGCAGCAGCAGCAGCAGGAGCAGCACACACAGCAGCCAGUGGAGCUGCCACAGUCGCCAGUUGCUGCUGGUCAUCAUGAUCCUGGCCGCCGUGAUGCCACCAAACACCCAGGCCCGCCAUCUGCGGGACAAGGUGGCACUGGACUACGCCUACGACGAGGACAACUCCGGACGUUCCUCAUCCUCGUCGGCCGGCGACAUCCUGCCCGCCUUCGAUGUGAACCCUUACCGCGGCCUGGCCGAGAGCUUUGGCGAGGGCAGCUACGACAGCGACCUCAGCCUGAGCGAGAGCAGCUACGAGGAGAUCGCCCAGGCGGCGAUCCGGGCCGCCAGGCGGGAGAUGCGCCGCCAGAGGACGCGGCACGCCCGCAGCCACAACCUGCGGCUGUUCGCCAGCAAGUCGGAUGUGCCGGAGUGGGAGAAUCCCUGCGGCGGCACCUACACGGCGGACGAGAGCCUGAGCGACAGCAGUGCCAGCCAAGGACGGGUGAUCAAGCGCAAGCACCUCGAAAACCUGCGGAACAUCACGAUGAGCGAGUACCAAGACAUUACCCACCGCGCCACGCUGGAGUACGGCAACCAUCAGCACUGGCAGCGCGAGUACAAGUUCCUGCCGAACAUGACGAAGCCCACGAGCGCGGUGAAGCUCAAGACCUGGUACCGCCACAUGCAGACCUUCGUGGGCAGCUUCUCGUAUCUGGGCCGGGCGCAGUACAAGUUCCGCAAGGACCAGCAGAAGAGCAUCAACGAGGCGGUCACCAAGGAGCUGCACGACCUCCUGGUCAGCGCCCGCUACAUGCUCUGCGAGAUCGAGUCGACCAUCAACUCCUCCUACCCGAACAGCAAUGGGGCCAAACUAAGCCGGGUGAGUCGCCAGGCGAUGGAGGACCGCCUCAAUUUCCAUACGCCCGCCAAUGGGUCGGCGGAGGCGGACCAGCGUGACCUCAAGGUCAGCAAGGAGCUGUACUUCCAGUACCUGGACAAUGUGUGGAAGACGCUGCACCGUGUGCUGCGGCGACCGCGACGCAACAGCGGUGAGCGGCGCCACCUGGCAGCGGCGUCGGCGGCGGCGGGCCAUGGAGCGGGAGCGGCAGCGAGCGGCCUGCGGGCGGGCAGCUCGGAAAUGCUCGACCUGGGCUCCUCGAGCGGAUCCGGAGGGAGUUCCGGCUCGGACGGCGGUUCCUCCGAGUCCUGAGCUGCGCCUGAGCCUGAGCCUGAGCCAGCCAACCGCGGCAACAUCACGCCCUUCCAGUAUUACAGCGAGUGCUGCACAGCUGCAACAUUCCCAGCUUAGCAGCUUUUCCGCUCAGCAGCUUUCCAGCUUCCAAGCCAAAUAGAGGACCACCACCCGACCACCCAACCGGGAGAGAACGAAGAAUUUUUGUCGAAUGCCAUUUAGACACGUACUUUAGUAUUUAUUUAUUUAUUGAGAGCAUCGAGUAUUAGAGCGCCUUCCAUUCCAGUUGCCAAACGGAACAACCCACUCCAAUCCACAAUCCACUCCAUUUUCCCACUCCACCUCCAUCUGGCCAUUUGCCACCUCGACUAUUUAUUUCCCAUUUAGAAUAUGCCUAUUUUUUUCUCUAUGUGUAGUAAUUUAUUUAUUUAUUUGUAUAUCAAUAUUGUAUUUAUACCAACUUAUUUGUGAAUGGCAUGCUUGUCUUGCCAAGAAAAACCAACAAAAAACCAGCCACUUACAAAAAAAUGAUUAAAUCUACUGUGAUUUAUUUUAAGUACUUUUUUUGAAUAGUUCUUAGUGAAUGUGAAAAUCAAUUGUGAAUGAAAACGAAGCGAAGUAUUGU